UAUUUAACCCUUCAUUGGAUUCACGUGAAAACGAACAAGUUUUGAAUCAGUGCGGAUUUAAAUUUCUCUCGUAUAUUUUUUACAGCUGUUUCCAAAAUUUCCGUGGUUCGACAAUUGAAUACCUAAUAGACUAAUUCAAAAAUGGAAAAAUCUGAUAAAUCUGUGUUUUGUGAUCCUAAAGAUGAUGAUCCUGAAAAUGGAAUAUGUGAAAUUGAAAGCUUAUGCUUAAACUGUGGAAAAAAUGGUAUAACAAGAAUUUUGCCUACAAAAAUUCCAUUUUUUAAAGAAGUGAUAGUUAUGUCAUUUACAUGUGAAAUGUGCGGAUGGCAAAACAAUGAAAUUCAAUCUGCUGGUCAGAUUCAAGAGAAAGGUGUUCAUUAUAAUGUAACUGUGAAAACACCAAAGGUUAUUGACGAUCCUUCAGGCAAUUCUUUUGUUGAAAAUUUUUGUGCACCAAAACAGGAUGAAAACCUCGAAGUUUAUAACUACACAAGGACUUCCGAACAAGAUGAAUUAUUGGGUAUUAAACAUGUCCCUAGUAAAAAUGCUGAGAAUUCAGAUAAGCAAGAAACUUCUGAAGACUUUCAUAAUGAAGUAGUAUCUUUUCCAACAAAUUGUUCAUUAUGCAAUAGCAGUUGUCAGACAAAUAUGAAACUUACAAAAAUUCCUCAGUUCAAAGAAGUAAUUAUAAUGGCAACAACAUGUGAUCAUUGUGGACAUAGAACCAGUGAAGUAAAAAGUGGUUCUGGAAUUGAACCCACUGGCAUCAGGAUAGAGUUGCAAAUUACUGGAACUCAUGAUAUGACUAGGGAUGUUUUAAAGUCAGAAACAUGUAAAAUUCUUAUUCCUGAACUAGAGUUAGAAGUUGGAUCUCAUACAUUAGGUAGCAAGUUUACAACCCUAGAAGGUUUAUUAACAAAUAUUAAAGAGCAGUUGAAAAUGGACAAUCCAUUUACAUUUGGCGAUGCUGCUAGAAAACAACAUAAAGAAAAGAUGGAAACAUUUCUAAAUAAUUUAGAUGAGGUAUGUAAAGGAAAUAAAAAUGUCACAUUCAUUAUGGAUGAUCCUUGUGGAAAUUGUUAUAUACAGAAUAUUUAUGCACCUGAUCCAGAUCCAAAGAUGACUGUAGUUCAUUAUGAACGAACAUUUGAACAGAAUGAGGAAUUAGGAUUAAAUGACAUGAACACAGAAAAUUAUUCUUAAUAUUUUCUGUUAUAUAUUGUAUAGUAUUAAAAAAUUAAAAUAUUUAAGUUUU